UUUGUUUGUAUAAAUGGAUCCCAUGUACUUGGCUCUAAGUUUAUUUCGUCGAAGACGUUAUGAUAAGUGCCUCGAUGUUUGUACCAGCAUACUAGAUAAACAACCUUUAGAUCAGGCUGCAUGGUGUUUGAAAAUGAGAGCUUUAACUCAAAGAGUCUACGUGGAUGACCUCGAAAGUGAAGAUUUUCCUGAAGAGGAUUUUCUAGAUGAUAGUGUUCUUGCUACAGCACCGAGACCAGGAACGUCUAUGAAAACUGCAAUAGUUCCUUCUACAAGUGCUUUAAAUUCUAGACCGCGAACAUCCACAGGAAGGCCGAUAUCAGGUGUAGCUAGACCUGGAACACAGAUGAGGCCUGAGUCAGCAUUAGAUCGUGCUAGAACAGCUAGAACAGCCAGACCUGUUACUAACCAAUCAGCUAGAUCUAUAAGAUUAGGAACAGCUGCUAUGUUAUCGCAAAUAGAUGGUCCCUUUAUUCAAAUAUCACGACUGAACUUAGCAAAGUAUGCUAAAAAUCCAUGCUUAGCGAAACCUUUAUUCGAAUAUUUAUUUUAUUAUGACGGAGGAGUAAGAACUGCUAUGGAGUUGGCUGUUCAAGCAACACAAUAUUGUGAGUUCAGAGACUGGUGGUGGAAAGUACAACUGGCCAAAUGCUACAUAUCAGUCAAUUUAAUCAGAGAGGCUGAGCAACAGCUGAGAAGUGCAAUCAAACAACACUAUCAUAUAGAAACUUUCAUCAGGCUGACGAGAAUAUAUUGUAGAAUAGAUCAACCUCUCUCGGCUACCGACAUUGGAAAAUCUGGUCUGGAGAUUUUUCCCAAUGAUGUAUCUUUGAUGACAGAGCUCGGACGAUUAGCGGAAAAUUUAAACGAUGCCAGUGCUUCUGUUAAGUACUAUAGAAAUGUUUUAAUUGAAGACGCAACGAAUACCGAAGGCGUUGCUUCUGUAGGAAUGUAUCAUUUUUACAAUAACCAACCUGAGCUAGCGUUAAGAUAUUACAGGAGGGCUCUUGCGAUGGGGGCCCAUUCUUCAGAACUAUAUAAUAAUCUAGGAUUGUGUUGUCUCUAUUCUCAACAGCUAGACUUCACCUUACCAUAUUUCCAACGGGCGGUAGAUUUAGCCACGGAUCCUCAAGUGAAGGCCGAAGUAUGGUAUAACCUGUCUCACGUAGCUAUAGCAGCUGGCGAUGUGCAACUGGCCGUUCAGUGUUUAAAUUUAUGCUUAAGCUCGAAUUCCACGCAUGCCCCCGCUUUCAACAAUUUGGCAGUCCUCUAUCACAAAAUGGGAAAAAUAAAUCUAGCGAAAGCUUACCUGACAUCUGCUAAAACAUUGGAGCCAGAUUUGAUGGAGGUACAAGUCAAUCUCGACUUCUUGCAACAAGCGUAACGCUGAAUUUACCGGAAGUUUUUUGUUAAGUUUUCGAUAUACACGAAUCACAAAAAGUAUCGCAUAAUUUUUGAAAUAGAAAAAAAAGUUGAAAAAUAAUUUUUAGCAGAAUGUUAUAAUUAAAGCUCGGAUUACAGGCAAAAUGCCUUUUUUUUGCCUAUUUUGCCUAUUAUAAUUGUUUUUUGCACUUUUUGCCUUUUUUCGUAAAUUCCGCCUAUUUUUGCCUUUUUUAAAAUUUCAUGGUACUACCCAUGAUAUUAUUCUUUUACUAAACCAUUCUAUAAUAAAAUUUUGGGUCAAUAAUAAAAUAUCAAUGGUUUGUUUAUAUAACAGAUUUCUAGGAAAAUGUACCUGAUCGAGACUUGAGGGUUAACUAUUUGGAAAUCCCUAAGCUUUAUUAGUUUAUUAUUAGUUGUACAGUCGGUUACUGUAUCAGAGUUUAGUCACAAAUUGCUAUAUCCUAGUUUAGUUUUGUUGCGUAUACCGAAAAGCAAAGAACACGUUUUAAAACGUUUUAGACAUUUGUGUGAAAAUAUGACAAUCUAAAUUAAGGCUAUGGAUCGCACCUUAUUCGGAACUUUCUCUAGAAGGAGAUGGAGCAUUUUGUAAACCAUGCGGCAAAUCGGUAAGUUUUAUUUUUUCUCUUUUUUUCUCGUCCCACAACAUAACUAAAUUCUAAAGCGGUUUUAGAAUUCUAAUUAUUUUUUUUAAAUUCUCAGAUUUCAAGUAGAAAAAAGUACUUUCUUGACCAGCAUUGUGGAACCCCACUUCAUAAACGUAAUUUGGAAAAAUUAAAUUCCUCUAAGUUAGCCCAAAUAUCUCUGCGGGAUAGUUUAAGCAGUUAAAAAAAAAAAAGGAGGAAGACGCAUUUAAAUUUGAUUUAUGCCAGAUGAUGAUUGCAUCCAACAUUCCUCUAUAUAAAGUUAAUAACCCUAGUUUUAAAUGCUUUUUCGAAAAAUAUCUUAAUAAAUCCUUACCGAACGAGAGUACAUUGAGAAAACAUACUGUGGAAAAAUGUUAUGUGGAAUGUAUUUCAAAAAUUAAGCGGGAGUUAGAGGGCAAGUUUUUGUAUAUUAUCGUGGAUGAAACGACAGAUGUAUGCGGCAGGUAUAUAGCUAAUUUAAUGAUUGGAAUUUUGAACGAAAACUUUGUGAGAAAACCUUAUUUAGUUGCCGUUAAAGAAUUGGAAAAAACAAACAAUUUAACAAUAAGUCGAUUUAUACAAGAUAGUUUAACAAACCUCUUUUUACCCAACCCUAUACCAGUGAAUAAAAUAGUUUUAAUGCUUUCAGAUGCUGCGGCAUAUAAUAUGUUAAAAGCUGCUGUUAAUUUAAAGAUUUUUUAUCCUAAUUUAAUUCAUUGCACUUGUAUAGCCCACGGGGUAAAUAGAAUUGCUGAAGAAAUAAGAAAUCUGUUUCCGUUGGUAAAUAAUUUUAUAAAUUUUAUGAAAAAAGUUUUUGUAAAGGCUCCGUUGAGGGUACAAAUAUAUAAAGAAAGACUUCCCGGUGUCCCUUUGCCACCUAAACCAGUAAUUACAAGGUGGGGAACCUGGCUCGAAGCAGUUUUUUUUUACUUUGAACACUGCAAUGAAAUAGAAUUAGUUAUGUCAGAAUUUGAUGAUGAUAUUUACGAAGCCAUUCGAGAAGCAAAAAAAAAUAUUAAAAAAUCCCAAAUUGAAACAGGAACUCACUUAUAUCAAUGACAAUUAUAAAUUAAUAGUUACCACAAUUACCUUAUUAGACAAACAAGAGAUAAAUUUAUGUGAGUCAGUAAAAUUAAUAGAUAAUUUAAAGACGAAAAUUAAAUCGGCACCUGGAAGUAACGGUCAAUUAAUUAAAAAAAAAAUGAAAUAUGUUUUCGACAAGAAUGAAGGUUUUUCGUUUUUAUCUAAUGUUGCUAAAGUUUUGAAUGGGACAUUUUCCGAGGAAUUACAAAUUAUGCCAGAUUUAUUGUCCGCUCUGAAAUAUGCUCCAAUUGCAUCUGUCGAUGUCGAACGUUCGUUUUCAAUGUACAAAUUAAUUUUAAGUGAUCGAAGACAUAGUUUUAAGACCGAAAAUAUUGAAAAACAUUUAGUUGUUUCUAUUAAUGAUAAAAUUUUAAGUGGUUAUAAAUAAUAAGUUAUAUUCCUUUAUUGCCUAUAUUUUGCCUAAAUGUUAAUAUUCCUGCCUUUUUUAAUAAAAAUCUUAGACUAUAUAGGCGCUUUUUCUUCAAUUUUUGUUGCCUAUAAAUCCGAGCUUUAGUUAUAAUACUCGUCUAUCGGCUUCUUUGUGUGUCUUCAAAUCCAUAGCAUUUCAAGUUGAAGGCGUGCUUUUACCGAAAAAACAAACAGUAAACAAAACGUUGCGCGUUGUUACAGGACAAUACAAAUUUAUUUUGGACAUUUGUGUUCGAGAAUUUGAUCUGUGCACUAUGUCUGCUUAAGUUUUCAAUGAGGAGGUGCGUUCUUACAAAAAAUGAGUAAUAUAAGAGUCGUCGUCAACAUAAAGAUCUUUGCUUCUUAUAUAACUUAAUUCAUGGUCAUAAAUUCUGUAUCUCACUCUUAAAUAAAAUUGGUCUACGUGUACCUUCAAGAACCACCCGUUCUGUGACCACCUUCCACGAAGUGAUUAACCGUACAAACUAUGGUUCAAGCUCCUAUCUCUGUAAAACUAUUAAAUUAGCAAACACAUUAUCUCCGCAUAUUGAUUUCAUUAUGAACGACUUUACUGCGUUUUCCACACAAUUACAUUUAUAUUUAACUUAAUGUUCUAAUUUCAAGACUGAUUUGUUAAUUACUGUUAUUGUCCUUGUUCUAAGAUAAGUUUAUUUGUCAAUUUCAAAACGUUUUAGAUAUUUAGAGCAAGUAAUUUUAUUUUUUUAUUAUUGUUUGUUAUGUAUUUACCAAUUUUGUACCUACUAGAUCUUAUUUUGAAUUAUUUUUCUAAUUCGUGACAUUUUAAUUGUAUCAUGUACUAAUGGACUUCGGUCCGUCAAUAAAUAAUAAAUAAAUAAAUAACGUUAGAACAAGCAGCCCAAAUUCUAGGUUUAAAUGGAGAUGGACGACGAAGCAAUAUAUUGCUGAUAUUAUGGGAAUCCACCAAACCAGCGAUUCAAGAGCUUUAGGAAGGUAUAGAGAAAGUGGAGGAUACAGAAGAAUGAGAAGAAGACCAGUUGCAGGACUUCCCAGGUGCACGAAUCCCGUUCUCUCUCUCUUUCUCUCUCUCUCUAUCUCUCUCUCUCUUGUCGUUUCCCCAUUACUGAGGAUCGUGAUUUCUUCCAAUAUUCCUAACAAUGUUUCUCCAUUGGUCUCUAUCUUCAGCUGCUCUAAGAGCUUCGCAGCUCUUCUGAGUUUCCAGCUCAAUACUUUAUUUGGUCAGACCAUCUAGUUGGUGAUCGUCCUCUUGAUCUUCUCCCCGGAACGUUUCCAGAAACAAUUAAUCUCUCUAAACUGUCGUCACCUCUGCGAACCACGUGACCAAAGAAUUGCAGAAUUCGUUGCAGACAUAUUGUGGACAGCCUUUUUUUAUUAUUGAGAUGGUUUAGAAUGGAAACGUUUGUCCUAUGAGCUAUCCAAGGUAUGCGUAGCAUUCUUCUCCAGCACCACAUCUCAAAGGCAUCAAUUUUUGGCGCUCGCAUGCGCGAAGAGUCCAAGUAUCUGAUCCGUAUAGAAAUAUUGAGAAUACAAGGGCAUUCACCAGUCUCAUCUUGGUAUUUUGAGAGAUAGAUCUGUCCAAAUUUUAGUUAGGCGACUCAUCGCAUUUUUUGCCAUACCAAUACGUCUCCGAACUUCUGCUUCACAGUUACCAUCGUUAGUUAUACUAGACCCGAGAUAGACAAAGGUUUUUUCUAUCUGGUAUUCCUGUAACCUGUUAGUCAGUUGAAUAGUGUCGAAUCUGUCGACCACCAUUAUUUUUGUCUUAGCUUUAUUGAUUUUCAGAUCAACUUUAUUGCUUUCGUACUCAACUCUUCGCAGAAGAUCAACCAUUUCUUGCUCAUUUGCUGCUAUAUCUGUAGUGUCAUCAGCAAAUCUUAAAUUGGAGAUUUUCCUACCAGCUACUGUUACUCCACCGGCCCAUCCUUCUAAGACCAUCCUCAUGACAUGUUCACCAUAAAUGUUAAAUAAGUCAGGUGACAACACGCAUGCUUGUCUUACACCUCUCUCGGUCUUGAAUUGGUUUGAGAACUUCUGAUCUAGUCGUACUGUCGCUAUAUUAGACUGGUACAGAUUUUUAAUAAGUGUCACCAGGUGCAUUGGUGCGCCCAUUUCUAUUAAAAUUGACCAAUCAAAUGCUUUUUGGUAGUCAACGAAGCAUAUAAUCAUAGGUACUUGAAAUUCUCUAGACUUUUCAAUGAGUUGUCUCAGGUUCAGGAUUUGUUACCUUGUACCUUUACCCUUUACAAACCCCGAUUGUUCCUGAAGUAUUUGGUAAUGUAGAUAGGUUUUUUUUCUGUUUUUGAUGAUAUGCAACAAGAUUUUACUAGCAUGUAUUAUUAGUGACAGUGUGCGAUAGUUUUCACAUCUGGUAGUAGUUCCUUUUUUGUGUAGUGGGAUAUAAAUUGAGGUACACCAAUCAGAUGGCCAUUUUCCUGAAUUCCAAACAGCGACACAGAUAGAAUGGAUGAUAUGUAAUCCUUUGUCACCUAGUAACUGUAGUAUUUCACAUGGUAUUGAAUCAAUGCCUGGGGAUUUAUUUCUCUUUAGUGAUUUAAUUGCAUCUUUGACUUCAGCGAGUAAGACAGUAGGUUCGCUAGGGUAGUCAGAAGGCCACUGAUUUUCUGCUGAUAUCUCGUUAUUUUUAUACAGCUCGCCACAGUAGUUUCUCCAUGUUUCCAAUAUUUCAUCAGUAUCGGUCUUUAAAUUACCUUCCUUAUCUAUUGCAGACCACGUUUGAGGUUUAAAUUCCCGCAGUUGAACGUUAUUUACAUCUGCAGACUUUGCGUAGACAUUAUGUUACAGCUAGACAACUGCGAAAUGAUCUUUCCACAGCCCGUAAUGUUCGAUUAAGUGCCAAUUCGGUUAAAAACAGAUUAAGGGAAUUCGGAAUCAGAGCCAGAAUGCCUGCUACUGCUCCACUGUUAACGAGUGCACACCUUAUAACACGUUGAGGUUUUGCACUAGAACAUUUCGAUUGGGAUAUUAACGACUGGACUAAUAUUCUUUUUACUGAUGAGUCAAGAUUUGCACUUUGUGGUCUUGUGGAUCCGACAAACACUUUGCACUGUCGGAUCCACAAAGUUCACAUCUGUGCUCAUUAAUAAAAAGAAUAUUAGCCCAGUCGUUAAUAUCCCAAUCGACUUGUCCUGGUGCAAAACUUAAUCGUGUCAUACGAUGUAUCCUCGUUAACAGAGAAGGAGUACCAGGCAUUCUGGCUCUGAUUCCAAAUUCUCUUAAUCUGCUUCUAACCGAAUUGACACUUCUUCUUCACGUGCCAUCUCCGCGACGGAGGUUGGCAAUCAUUUGUUGGCAUAUUCUAAUCUUAGAUUCUGCUGCUCUGAAUAGUUCGGUUGAUGUGCAUCCGUACCAUUCCCUCAAGUUACGCAACCAUGAGAUUCUUCUCCUUCCUACACUUCUCUUGUCCUGGAUUUUUCCCUGUAUAAUCAAUUGAAGUAUGUUGUAUCUCUCAUUACGCAUAACGUUCCCCAGGUAUUGCAGCUUUCGUGUCUUGAUGGUUUCCAAUAUUUCCAGUCUUUUGUUGACUCUUCUCAUGACUUCGUUGUUUGUUAUAUGCUCGGUCCAUGAUAUCUUCAGGAUUCUUCUAUACACCCACAGUUCAAAUGCUUCCAACUUUUGUGUCCAUGCUUCUAUCCCGUAAAGCAGGGUAGAGAAAAUAUAACACCUUGCCAACCUAACUCUCACGUCUAAUUUCAGUUCUCUUGCACAAAGUACCUUUCUCAUUUUAUUGAAGUUUGUUCUUGCUUUCUCUAUUCGAACUUUGAUUUCUUUGGAGUACUUGUUUGUGUGAUUAAUUAUUGUGCCAAGAUAGUUGUAGUUUUCAACUUGUUCUAAAGUUUUACCUUUAGUUGUUAGGCUUUCAUCAUAAUUUUGGGUUUUUGAUAUCCUCAUAAAUUUAGUUUCCUUGAUGUUUAUUGAAAAUCCAUAUUCGUCUCCAUACUCAACUAUCUUGUUUUUAGCUUUUGGAGGUCUUUAAGGUUGUCUGCUAUUAUGAUAGUAUCGUCCUCAUAUCUAAUGUUGUUAAUUGGCGUUCCAUUUACCUUUAUUCCUGCUGUUUCUCCCUCAAAAGCUCUUUUCAUAAUUUCUUCAGAGUAUGCAUUGAAUAGUAGUGGUGACAAUACACACCCCUGUCGCACUCCUCUUUUAAUUUCGAACUCUUCUGAUGUGUGUUCAUUAAUGCGUAUGUGUGCUUGCUGUUUAUAAUAUAGAUUUGUUAUAAUUCGAAGGUCAUUGUUUCUGUUUCUGUUUUAAAAAUUAUACGAUACUUUUUGUGAUCAGUGUAGCUUGUAGAUGUUUAUUUAAUACAUUGUUAAUAAAACAAAUUGUCUAAUUUUGCUUUGAGGACGUCCAUUAGCUGUUUGUGGCGGACUUUAUCGAAAGCCUUGUUGUAAUCUAUGAAACAGACGUACAUAUCCUGGUUCACAUCCAAACAUCUCUGGAUUAGUACGUUGAAUGCAAAGAGAGCUUCAAGGGUACCUACGCCUCUACGGAAUCCAAAUUGGGUUUCUUCAAUAUCCAUAUCAAGUGUUUGGUAUAUGCGUUUAUGAAUGAUCUUUAUCACUGAAUUUAUCACUGAAUUGACACUUAUGUGUACGAAAAAUCUGCAGAUGCAAAUAACGUUCAUCUGCGGGGUUUGUGCACCUGGGACAUUCUGAAACUGGUCUUCUUGUGUAUCCUCCACUUUCUCACUUUCUCUAUAACUUCUUAAAGCUCUUGAAACGCUCUGAUUGGU